AUGCGCCACCUGUGCCAACAAUUUUCCAGGUAUGUGUCCCUUCGACUGAAAGAGCCCUGGAGCCGGUCUCACGACAUGGGUUACCUGGAGCUCAUCCGCUAUGUCUCGGAGACCAACUAUCGCAACAUCUGGAAGGAGGCCAACAGUUCCAGCUCGAAGACAGCCGACAAACAGGAUGAGAACUUCGUCAAGCUGAAGCCGUUCAAGGAUUAUAACAGCGCUGUCCGGGAGAUCAUCAGCCGUCUCUACGCCUGUCCGAUCAUAUGCGUUGGUGCAGGGGGACAGGACGAAAAUCCUGAAGCAGGGGGAGAGCAAGCGCCUCUGCACCCACACCUUGUUCCUGCCUAUUGUGCACUCGAGACGUCGUCCGAGUUCCUGCUGUUCCUGGAGUUCCGGGAGCACACUGUUGAGCACUGCGGCAUGUUCAGCGCAUCUGCACUUGUUGGCUCGCGGCUACUCUUUGUAGUGUACCAGCUGUUGCGGGUCCUCCGCUACCUCCACGACCUGGGGCUACCCCUUGGACCAUUGACACUUGCCGACCUGAGUUUGGACCACCGCUUCUGGCUGCAAGCAACGCCACCCUGGUGGCUGGCCCUGCAGACCGACUCGUGGGUGGAGUCGUCGUUAACUGGCCAGCUGCCCAUCAUGAGGAGCUCGAGCUCUCGCAGGGUGUCGCGCAUUAUGCCCUCCGCGUGCAUACAGGAGGAGGAGAAAGUCGAGCCUCUUCCGCCACUCAACGAGCUCGUGGACACCUGGGUCAGGGGCAAGCUCAGCAACUUUGACUACCUCAUGGCUCUCAACCAGCUGUGUGGUCGGACCGGCGCGAAUCCCCAGCACCACCCCGUGCUGCCAUGGGUGCGAGACCUGUCGCAGCCCGAGGGCGGCUGGCGGGACCUGAGCAAGUCCAAGCUGCGGCUGACAAGGGGGGAUGACCACCUGGACGCAACCUACGGUUCGGCGGUGCAGUCGCAGUCAGCCCAGCCCCAAGCCUACCUGCCGAUAGACCGGGUUGUUCAGGUGCCGCAUCACUUGUCCGAACUGCUUGCGGACAUCACAUACUAUGUGUACUUUGCGAGGCGCCUGCCACGAAGCAUCCUAUGCAAGCACGUCCGGCACAAAUGGGUUCCCGCCGAAUAUCCGGCAUCCAUACAACGGCUGCAGGCGUGGACGGUGGACGAGUGCAUUCCGGAAUUUUUCACGGACCCAUCUAUCUUCGAGUCCAUACACGAUGACCUGGAAGACCUUGGAGUGCCCGGCUGGUGCUCAAGUCCCGAAGACUUUGUGCGAAAGCAUAUGGCUAUGCUCGAGAGUGAGCGUGUCUCCGAGCACCUUCAUCACUGGAUCGACAUCACUUUUGGCUACAAGCUGACGGGACAGGCGGCCAUCAAGAGCAAGAACGUGUGCCGGCCCCUGGUGGACGGCCACACAACGCUGCACAGCUGCGGCAUGGUGCAGCUCUUCUCAACGCCACACCCACACCGUGCAGCGUCCAGCCUCUACCUGUCGCGCUGCUCGGCGCCCAAGACGUUCCGCUUCCAGCACAGCAGCAACUCCGUCGCACUGGGGUCACCCCAGUCGAGGUCCCAAUCAAGUUCGAUGUCAUCCCGACGGAAGAGCCGACAGGAAACGUUUGACAAAGAGCUGAGCCUCCAGCCUGAAGCCAAAGAUGGAGGCGAGGAUGACGCUGCUCCCGAAGCUGUCCAGAGCAAAAAAAAGCCAUCAACCAUUGUCAAGUCAAGGUCGGUGGGUCAGCAGCUAGCUUCGACCACCGGCAGCUCGGUCCCGGCCGAGACCCAGGUUAUAGUCCUUCCCAAGGACUACUCGCCGCUGUCCAAGCUGCAGCAGCUUGAAUCACUGUGCAACUUCUGCCUGCAUCAUCCGCCUCACCGGCUGCCUCCCUCCAUCAGUCUGGCCUCAGCCAUUCAGCCGGGUGAUGACGAACAAGAUGGAAGUUUCCCACGGCGUCGCAGCCAGACCUCACAUGCUGCAGACAUGUACUUGCUGGGAUGCCUUCUCGUCGAGAUGUCCAUCUUUUCAACGACUGCGCGACACUCCUCAAGGGAUCUUGCCGAGCGUUAUUUGCAUGCCUUGCAGAUCCUGAAGAUUCCAGAGCUGCCUGUUGCCUCCUCAUUCAGGUCUCUCCACAAUGCCGUCCAAGUCCUGCUCCAGACCGAGAAGCCAGUCGCCGUGCCCUUUGCCAAGGGAAAAGAGGCCACCAGCAGCCGCGCCGAGUGGCGUUACCCUUGCGUCUGCGACGGCGGACUGCCCCCGCCGUCUGCUCACCAGCUCCUGCAGCCGUUGCUGUCGACCAUCCCGUUUCCGGCUUACUAUCCGGCUCUCUACGACUUCCUCACCAAGCUGGAUGCUCAGCCGACAGCUCCUGAGAAGGUCUACUUUGUGGCCCGUGAGCUGCCACCGCUGCUGACCCAGCUGAGCCAGGUCGACCUGGACCUCGUCAUGAACCACCUGAGCGACCUCUUUUCGAACCCCGAGUCGUCUCUGCUGGCCGUGUGGCAGCUGUUUGACCUCGUGGGGCUCGCCCUGGGGCCAAAGGUUCUUGCCGAACGCCUCCUGACUGUGCUCAUCAACCUUCUUUCGACUGACCAGCUGACCGUGCGGCACUUCCGGCUUUUCCACCGGUCCUUUUUGCUCAAGCUCCAGGUGCGUCUUGGAAUGCGAACCUUUCUGCACUGUUUCAUCACGCUACUGGUCGAAGCUGUGGGUGGAUACCGGGACAACAGCACAGCCCAGAUUGUGGAUCCCGAGAAUCCGAGCGCAGCUGUUCGAAAAGGAUCCCACCUGGACAGCGCUGAACUCGACCCGCUUCGUCAAGCCAGCACAGCAGCAUCGCGAGAGGCGUCGCCAAUGCGCGCUGGCCAUCGAAGUUCCUCGUCCGAGCGGGACAUGCCAUCCGCGUCGCCGGAGCCAGCCACGUUUGGCGAGCCAGAAAUGUUCGAGCUCGAUCAAGAUCAGGAGCUAGAGCAAUCUGCAUCAUACUCGUACGAGAGAAAGGACACAGCCACAUUUCCUGAAAUUACGACAUGGCCUCCUUCAGCUGAUAAAGAAGAACAGCCAAAUGCAAGCCGGCCCGAGAGGCCGGAAUCUGAAGGGCCAGACCCAUCACCACAGUUGUCAUCGAUUCCUGCCAUUCCAGUUACUGAGACGUAUGAGAUCACUCCCCCGGAAGCCACCGAAAGUGGCGGCUGCAGCCUGAGCGACAUAGCUUCGGAGAGCGUCGUGUGGCUCGCGCAUCGGCUGGGCCCCGUCCUAACGGCCAAGCACCUCAGCAGGAACCUGCUGCGGAUGCUGACACUUUGCUACAUGGGGCCCCAACAGCUGAGCCCAGCCAAGGGACCACUGCUCGAGGGCGAUGUGAGCCUUUUCGAACAGGGUGUGGUUGGAGACCAAACUGCCGCCAAGGUUCUUGAGACGCUGUCCAACUUGGCAAUGCUUUACGGGGAGAGCUUCAUCACACGCCAGUACCUGCCCCAUGCUGUCGAGCUGUUGUGCAUGUGCAAGAAGCACCUGACUGACAACCUCGAAGCCGGGCUCAUCGGAGCCGUCACGAUGGUCAAGCAUGUGCUACCUUUCCUGUCCGACACGACGCUCAUGAGCCAGCUUCAGGAGGUGGUACUGAAGAACAUACUGUACCCACUGGUGCAAUUGGCCUCGUCGCUUCAGCACUGCUUUCCUCGCGGGGUCGUCAGCCGCCAGGUCCUGACCCGAAAGAUUGCCGACACGCUGUACCUCGUCGGCCUGCGCAUCGGCUUCCAAAUGUCCCGCCGGCACCUGUCGGUGCUUCUGCGACGCUUCUUCGCCUCCUUCAACCGUGCCUUCCCGUCGGGAGGUGGCCUCUCGGCGGUGCAGCACCUGACGCAGGUCCCCGCACCUGGGGACAAAGAAGAAGAGCUGCUAUGCCGAUCGGUAGAGGAUUAUCUUCCCAUCAAGCGGGAAGCCGGUGGCCAGGAAUUGAGGAUCGGCACGCCAGUCAAGUUGUCCUCCGUGCUCAAGUGCCGAGGUUCGCCGCCCUACCCCUACACUCCCCCCUAUGAGGAGAGAGAAGGAGACGAUCGCAACGUACCCGAUCGCGCCCUCGAAGAGGUCAAGCAGGUGUUCACUGCAGAGCUGGCUUUCAUGACCUACAUUCCACUUUGCAAGCUUGCUGGCGGUAUCUACAUGGAGCAGACACUCACCAACCACGAGCUGAUUCUGGAGCUGUGCGCCGCACACGACUCGGCUCUUGCCAUGAGCGAAUCGGGAACUGAUGCGGCAAAUGGCCCGCGAAAGUUUAGGAAGGGCCACUACCGAAUGCCUUCAGCAGGGCAAGACGAAGCCAUUGUGAGCGGAGAGUUUGGCAAAAACGUGGCCAUGGUCGGAAACCGAAUCGACGUGCAGCUCGGCGAGGAGAGCCACCUGGUGACAGCCGGCGAGUUGCCGGAUGCUGCGCCCAAGUAUGACAUCAACCUGCUGAUGAGAAAGAUGACCAACGGCCAACGCCACCUGAAGGGCAGCUGGCUGGCCUACUGGGAGCACGAGAUUGGCGUUAGCCUGGUCAAGGAUAGCCACUUCGACUUCAAGCAGAUUCGGCUGCAGACGUUCGCCGGUCACACGGGCAGCGUGCGGUCCCUCGAGGUCCUUGAGAAUGAGAACUCUUUCCUGUCGGGCAGUCGGGACCGCACGGUGAAGCUGUGGUCCCUGCGCAGCUGUGGCGACGGCUCAACGGUCGUGGCGCCCCAGUGGACGUACCCGCAUCACCGCAAGUCGAUCUCCUCGAUCGCCUUCUUACCAUCCCUCAGACUGGUGGGAUCGAGCGACCACGGUGUGCAUAUCUGGGAUCCCUUUAUGGGGUCGUGCCUGAAGCAGUUCGACACCAGCAAGACACAGCCAGUCACAGUGUUGCUCGCGAUGCCAUCUCCAAGCACAACAUUCCUUGCUGCCACGUCAAACUCGACGGUCCGGUUCCUGGAUGCCCGCACCAUGCGCUACACCCACGAACUGCGGGUCUCGAUAGGCUCUGCUGGCGUCAUUCGGUCCCUAGCGGUCAGCCCCAGUGGGCACUGGCUGGCGGUGGGCCACAGCUCUGGUGUGCUGUCGGUCCUCGACGUCAGGACCGGUUUCAUGCUUGGCUCGUGGGUGGCCCACGAUGGCGAGAUCCUGCAGACAAAGGCCUUCAAUGAUGCAUAUUUCAUUUCAUCAUCGCUGGACCACUCCAUUUCUGUGUGGAAUGCUAUAGAUACCAAGCUGCACUACAACCUCAAGGGAGCAACAGAGCCUGUAACUUGCCUAGGCCUGCACAACGCCGGCGUUGUGUCUGGGACCACUGCGAACAAGAUCAACGUGCAUACAACUAUCGAUGAAAAGGCUGUCUUCACGAGUACCAAACUUCGGUCAGAAACAUUCCGUGGUGUCAUUGCUUCGAUGGCUGUCUUGCCUCUGAACCGUCUGCUCCUGCUGGGAGCCGACAACGGCAGCAUUUCCCUUCUGUGCUGACGGGAACUUGACACCAGCUUCAUUUUAGUACCUACUAGCUUAUUUGUGGCCACCAUUCCUUGCUCGUCCACAGGUGAUAGAAAUCAUCAAACAAGCACGCGCCCUUCUUGCAUUUUCUACGAGAGAGGAAUGUUCAGUCUUACCUGGUGACUUUUCACAAAACGUGUUGUGCUCCCGUGGUGAAUGUGUACAGCGCUCAGGAAAUGAAACGCGACAGGGAUCCUGCAUUUAGUAGAACCCUGCAUAUGUGCAAAGUACUCGAAAGUACCAUGUCAUGUUGCUAGGAAUCUGGUCACCAAAGGUGACGCACAUUCCGAUCUAAGUGUGCGCGCCAAAAUUAUACGAUGUGACACGAACUGCAGCCCUAAAUUGACGUGUUUCAUUCCGUGAGCACUGCACAUAGUCUUCUGUAUUUUUGCAAUGCAUGUCCAAAGGCUUUGCAAUGCAUGGAGGCCAGCGGUCUCCUAGAGUGGCACCAUGUUUCCUCACAUUUUAUACCUGUUAGAGCAUGAACAACUUUUGCCGGGUGCUGCAGCCACUCAGGGCUCACUCCUUUGUCACAUGACCUGCAAUGAAAGAAAAUUGAUGAGACCCUAACCGUACCCCCACAAAUCGGGACCAGCUGUACUGGAAAAGUGGCGCCCUCUAGGUGACACCACGGUUUCGUCAUCAUUGGAUGGGCACUGAAAAAUACAGCAGGCUAUGGUGUGCAUUGCCGGUGGCGUGUUUUGUCGUGAUUACCUUGCCAGACCAUUGUUCGCUUGCGAUUGGUUGUUGCCUGCUUGCUAGUUUUGCAUGCGCCAAUCUUGUUGAUAACGAGGAGAACGGUUCUACUGUCUGCGUAUUUUCUAUUAUGUGAUGACAUAUUCACAUUUCCAUUACGAGCGACGGAUUCAGCCGGCAUUUGUGAUACUGCCUGCUAAAUGGUCUGGUGAAACAGAACCGUGCAAAAACCUCCUGGCCCACCUUUCGGGAAUGUAGAGUCACGGUAAAUGCUUGAUUGUGGAAUUGCCGACAAGUGCUGUUUGCUUGGCGUUUUGAAAAGCAUAGUAGCAUUGUUGUGGUGAUAACGUGCGACAUUGAUAAUUGCAGUAGCUGAGAUUGUAAUGACGCUUUGUAAAUAACUGUGAUCUUGUGAAAGGCUUUCCAUUGUUUCUCGACUGGUUAGUUUGGUGCGUUGCGGUACUUAUGGAAAGAUUCCACACAUACUUUAGCAAAAAGUUGUGAUUACAUAUGAUUCCUACAUUUUCUUUCUAGCUUAGUCGAGCAUUAGGCAUAUGGCUCCACAUAUUUCGAGUGUCAGUAGUUAAUAUCUUAUGAAGCAUAGAUUAUCACACUUCUUAUCGUGAGAAAAUUCAUUCCUUCAGAGGGCAUUUUUUAUACUGCAGCACUAUCGUUAUUCCAGAUUAUUUUGUCAUUUUUAUGCUUGCGCCCUUUCGUGGAGAAACCAUGUGACUUGUGAUAUUGUUUUUAAAUUUGUAAGUUAUUGGCCCAGUCGUCAACUCUGUGCUUACCGCUUAGUUUCAGGUGUUUGGCGACGGAAGUAAAUGCAAUGGUUCGUACCAAAGAUAUCUGGUUCUCCCAUUUUUGGUCUUAUGGUGGUAUUUAUUUUUGUAAUGUUCCUCCCUGUUUUUCAGUUUAGCCUCGUGAUACCUAAAAGAUGUGAUCAUUUUCUUUACUGUAUUUGAUCUUACUGAAAUGAGAUGUACAUAUUUUGAAGUGAAAUACAGAAGAUAACCAUG